CUCUUAUCUAAUGCACAGAUGUAAAUAGCCACACCGACGCUUAGCGGGCGGGCAAAAAUUAAGCGUGCAGCGUGCGAUAAAAGGUUACGGAUUCCAAAAACAGGUGGAAAAAUUUAAAAGAUCAGUUCAGAAAGGAGGUGAAAAAAAUACCCAUUCCCAGAUCGGGAGCCAGCGCACCACCAGUAAGACCAAAGUGGCAGUAUUUUGAACAAAUGUAUUUUUUAAAAGAUUUUGUUACUCCUUACCCUACACAGGGGAAUUUGAUUUCUUGCAAUGAAGAUUCAAAUGAAAUCAAAGAACUUCAUUCCGUUGAAAAUAAUGAAAACAAUGAAGCCAGCGAUCUACAUUCACAAUCUUCUUCACCCUCAUCAGUGCCGCUACGAACACCGUCUAGAAGCAGCUCAAUUUCUCAAGUACGUAAAAGGACCAAAAAAGACAUCCAAGAAUUUUUAAGUUUAGAAACUAAAAAAAUUGAAAUGUGGCAAAACGAAGCGAAAGACAAUGAUAACGCCGAUUUACUGUUCUUUAAAGUCUAUUGCCCCAUAUGGCUGAUUUCACAGAAUUUGAAAAACUAGAAAUUAAGUCGGAUGUCAUGUCAUUAAUUUUGAAGAAAAAGAAAAAAAAACUGCCAGAGCAGCAGCAGCAGAUUUUACAACUUCCGCUUUUGGAAACUGGUAACUUGGAAAACCAAGCAGGCUGCAGUAACGACCCAGGUUCAUAUUUAAC